UAAAAAUCACUCUCGCUUCUCUCUAGUCUCUCCCUCCCUCCCUCAGUGCAAAUACAACUUCAUAGGCCAUAGCCAUGGCCAAAGCUUAAGUUUCCGUCACUUCCACUCGCACCACCACCGGCACACCACUUCGCGCUCACUGAGCUGAACCACCGCCGUCAUGGGCAAAGCCUCCAAGUGGUUCCGCAACCUCCUGGGCCUCAAGAAGACCGACUCGCUUCCUCCGCCACCGGCGAAGCAACCGCCGCCGCCUCCCAACAGAGAGAAGCGCAGAUGGAGCUUCGUCAAGUCGCACCGAGACAGAGACAGAGACAGCAUCCACCGCCACCAGCGCUACAGCUCGUGCUCCGCCGCCGCCGCGGCGCACUCGGAGGACCUCGCCGCGGACCCGAGCAAGCACGCCAUCGCCGUCGCGGCGGCCAGUGCGGCGGCCGCGGAGGCUGCGGUUGUGGCCGCGCACGCCGCGGCGGAGGUGGUGAGGCUGACGAGCAGCGGGAGAUGCGCCGACAGCUCCGUGGCGUACGGCGGCGGGACCUGUGCGGCGGUCACGGAAGAGGUCGCGGCGCUCAAGAUUCAGUCAGCAUUCCGAGGCUACUUGGCGAGGCGAGCGCUGCGAGCAUUGAAGGGAUUGGUCAAGAUUCAAGCGCUGGUGAGAGGGCACAUCGAGAGGAAGCGAACCGCCAGACUGAUGCGCAAGAUGCAAGCCUUACUGCGAGCCCAGGCUCGGGCACGUGCCGAGAGGGCCCAGGUUUCCGAAUCUUCACAAUCGAGCAGCAAGUCCUCUCACUUUCACCACCCUGGUCCUGCAACUCCCGAAAAAUCAGAGUAUGUGGUUCGAAGCAAGAGUUCUAGACAGGAUCAGUCGCCGGUUCUCAGGAGGAAUGGUUCCAGAGCAAGUGGCAGGAUUGUUGAAUUUCAAGAAAGAGCGCCCUUGGUCCGCAAUUGGUCGGAUCGUCGGGUCGAGGAGAGACUCAGGGAUCAACGUGGGAUUUCAGCAAACAGUGGGCAUGCUGAUGAUGAGAAAAGUGAUAAGAUCCUAGAAAUCGAUCCGGGGAAACCCUCCUCCACACCCAAGCGACGAAGUCCUGUACAGUCGUCUCGGCACGUGUUGCCUUCAGACCAAGCGAGUCAUAGCUACACGACUUCGAAAGACUCGACGGUGCGCCAGAUGGUUAUUAGCCCCUCUUCAUGCGAAGUGCAAUCUCUAAGCCCGCUGGAUUUCUCUCAUGAGGUGGAGGAAGGCGCAUUCUGCACUGCUGAUAACAGUCCCCAAUUCUAUUCCGCGUCUUCUAGGGGCGGUGGUAGUUCUAGGAGAAGCCCGUUCACUCCCACCAAGAGUGACGGCUCGAGAAGCUACUUAAGCGGCUGUUCGGACCACCCCAACUACAUGGCUUAUACUGAAUCUUCAAAGGCCAAAGUCAGGUCAAUGAGCGCUCCUAAACAGCGGCCUCACUUUGAUAAAUCUAGUUCCACGAAGAGGCAUUCUAUACACGGUUUCGGCGAAUCAAGGUCCAUCUCACAGAAGGUCUUGUCCUUGCACACGAAUUUCGUGAACAAAGCAUAUCCGGGGUCUGGUCGCUUGGACAGGCACGGGAUGCCAGUAAGAGGCGAUGGGCACGGGUAUGGAUACUAGAGGAAGGUACAGAAGAUACUAUUGUCGGUCUCUUCGUCACUGGUAUGUAUCAAACUAUCUUAGAAUUGAAGUAAGUCACCAUUAGGGUAGUAGGUCUUCAUAUCUAACUGUGAAGCCGCAGUAUAACCAUUGUCCCACAGGUUAUCAUUGCUCUAGAGAACUUCUAAUUCAGUUUGCACGUCUUUUAAUCUAACUUUUGCGACUCUGCCACAUUUGUUCUCCCAAGUAUUACGGAUCCGCUAGAAUUGUCAAGGGAGAUAUAUCACCUUAUAGGAUUUACGCGACUUUCUUUUACUGUACAUGUGUGCAUUCCUUGAA